GUCGGAUCCGAUCACUCUCCCCCUUAGUUUCUGCGGAUAAGCUUGCCUUGAGAUCACUGCCUAAGUCUCACCUGUCUUCUCAUCCCAGACGUAUCCUACAUGGUAAGUUGGAGUUACAUGUACAGGCUCCAGGCACCACUGGCUUUCAUAGCCCGGUGAUAUGUUUCUUUGAAGCGCAUCAAUCACAUCCCACAAGCUAGACACAAAAGCGCGUACAUUACACGACCAUCAGUGUGUGACAUGGAAUCCGCAUCUUCUGAGCGGCCGGCUAAGCGAGUGCGGCAAGCCUGUGAACCAUGCAGACGAAAGAAGGCCAAGUGUCCCGGGGAACAGCCAAUCUGCUCCCUGUGCGCCCGCUUAAACCAAACAUGCGCAUACGCUGGAGAACACCGGAGGUCAUGGGCAAAUGGUCUUCCUGUCUCAGCAGAGCCGGUCUCUACUCCCUCCAGCUCGGAGAACAGAAUAUCGCAGAUACUAGAGGAGCGAUUGGGAAAUCUAGAAAAUCGAAUGGGAGAAGUUCUCGACGCUUUGGGGCAAAAUACUUCCAGACGUGAGCAACAGGCAACUGCUCCGCCUCCGCCUCCACCACCUCCUCCCAUUGUCUUGAGCAAUGCCGCGACAUCCGCAACGUCAAAUCCAAUGACACCCUUCCCUACCUGGGAGAAGGUGCUAUCUAUUGCAGAGCUGUAUCUGAUAUAUUGCCACUCUCAACCACUUCCACUUUUUCACAGAGAGAGCUUCCUCGAUAGCCUUGGAGCUCGCGACCCCGAGAUCAUCUAUGCUAUGUUGGCGUUGAGUAUCCGAUUCUCGAGCAACGAUUGUUCGGACCCCAAUGGGCCUACGGUUCUCAUAAACAGCUAUACGGAGGUAGCGAGAAGCUUAGUGAUGCGAAGAGUCUCAGAAGGGCCUGUGGAGCUUUCAACCUUACAGAGCUUAUGUCUUUUAAGCUUGGUUGACUUUGCCAAUGGAAACACACACCGAUCAAGCAUUCACUGCAGCUUGGCUGUCAACUUGGCUCAAUGUGCCAAUCUUGGCCUAGAGUCCCAUUUGGCGCAAACUCCUGCCACACGCGAGGAACGCAGGCGUUGUUUUUGGAGUAUAUGCCUUCUGAAGCGUCUUCAUGGUGUUGACUUCGACAACAUGGAUUUCCCAGACUUCUGCUUCCCUCCUUUUCCAGAAAGCCCCAGUCGACCGCCGCCAACAAGUCCCCUCACGGAUGCGGGGAACGAGGCCCGGUCAGUGGGCAUGCAGGACCAAGGUAUAAUUGCCUACGUGAUCAUGCUCAGUGAGAUAUUUGCAAAGGCUGCAAGAUAUGUGAGACGUCAUGGGAGACCUAGCAAUGUUCCUCCAUGGUCAUCGCAGUCAGAAUACUCGAAGAUACUAACUGCCCUUAUGGAACGCGAGACCCAGAUGCCAUAUCACCACCGGUUCAAACCCGCUAACUUGAGUCAAAGAACACUGGAAGACCUUCAGACCAGAAGGGAGUACUGGGGACCAUGGUUACUGAACCAAUUUCUGUAUCAUACGAUCUUGUGUCUUCUCAACCACCCACUUCUGCUCUCUCUCAGCCUCAGAAACUUUAGGAGUACAAUACCCGAAAUCUUCUUACAGCACACCUCGGAUUUGAUUUCGUCUCAUACGACUUGGAUCAUCCAUUUUAUCAACUAUUUUGAGGAGAGGUCCUUUGUCGUGUCCGACCCUUUCCUAGGGUAUAGUGCUGCUGUGGUAGCUACAAUUGAGCUACAGCUAAGCUUUACGCAAAAUGCUGCAAUCUGCGAGGAGAAGCGCAAUCGAUUCUACAAGUGCGUCGGGUUUGUACAAACUCUCGGGCAGAAAUGGCCUCAUAUGGCACGCUUGGCGGACAGGUUGCAAAGGUUGGAAGAUGCUGUAUCUGCGUCCUAUGAACUAGAGUCUGGCGCCCAGAAUCAGUACCUCCUCAUUGACCUAUCACGGUUUUGGGAGAUUUUGGAAUACUCUUCCAACAGUGAUACUGAUUCCGCGCGACGCAUGUUUGGAGAUUCCCUCUAUAGGGAGGCUCCUACACUCGGUGCCGAAGUGUCGCAGACAUCCCCCUUGCCUGAACCUUUUCGUCUCUCACAGCAAGUCACUUCUCAGUCACCAAACUCGCAGUUCAACAUCCAAACCCCCCUUGCCACAGGUGCACAAUAUCCCCUGGGCCCAAUGGGCUCCCCGAGACCAGAUGUCUGGAACGAUGAGUUUUCAAUACUCGCCGCGAACUUCUUUUCCCAAGCUCAGGACUUUCUACGAACAGGUGACCCUAGCGAAGGAUUCGGGAACUUUUAA